UCUUCUCUCUUUUCAGUGUUCAAUGACACAUUUCAAUACACCUCAGCUCUCACUUCUCUCACUAAUCUCUAUCUGCCUCCACCUCAACCUCCAUAUUACCUCUUAUCUUUCUGUUUCAACAAUUUUUAGUCUAAUUGAUGUCCUGCAAUGGUAUGGCCUCAUCAUCCUCUUCCUUCUUCUCCUCAAAUUUUGUGUUACCAAUGCAAACCCUUCAUGAAGAACAGCACCAAAUUCCCAACCCCGUUAGUCCGCAUCCUCACACCAUCCCAUGCAAUAAUCUCCAAGACCUCAGAGUCAUGGCUCCAAUGCUUGGGAAGAGAUCCAUGUCCUUCUCGGGGAUCGAGAAUGGUGAAGAGAUGAAUGCCGACGAUGACUUGUCGGAUGAUGGCAUGCAGACAGGCGAGAAGAAGAGGAGGCUCAAGAUGGAGCAGGUGAGGACACUGGAGAAGAGCUUCGAGCAGGGGAACAAGCUGGAGCCUGAGAGAAAGAUGCAGCUGGCAGGAGCACUUGGGCUGCAACCAAGGCAGGUAGCCAUUUGGUUCCAGAACAGGAGGGCCAGGUGGAAGACCAAACAACUGGAGAAGGAUUAUGAUGUUCUGAAGAGGCAGUUUGAGGCCAUGAAAUCAGAAAAUGAGAGCUUGCAUGAACAGAACAAGAAGCUCCAAGCUGAGAUCUUGUCUCUGAAAAGAAGAGAGACAUCAGAGAUGAUCAACCUCAACAAGGAGACUGAAGGUUCAAGCAGCAAUAGAAGUGAGAACAGCUCUGAGAUCAACUUGGAUCUCUCGAGAGCAUCAGUCACAGAGAGCCCGUUGAAUCCCAACCAAAGCCUGCCCAUCUUUCACUCAGUUAGACCAGCUGAUGUUGACCACCUCCUCCUCCAUAGUUCUUCAAGGCCAGAGCUGCAAUGCCCCAAAAUAGACCAUGGCGUCACGGAAGGAAGCUUUAGCAACUUGUUGUGCAGCAUGGAAGACCAAUCUGCCUCCUUCUGGUCAUGGUCAGAUCAACACAACUUCCAUUAGUCUCUCUGUUUGAUCCAUCUCAGUGGCGAUGUAACAAGAUUUUGCUGCAUUAGCAGCACUUGAACUCUACUAUAUAGAUAUAUAUGGUUGUCAAAUUUUCAGAAGUGCAUGAGGCCACCAUCUCAUUUUACUUUUGAGUCGAGGAAAGAAAACAGGUCAGGGAAAUGCAAGAAUUCCUUGCAAGCUACAAAGUAUAUCCAUUUCCCUUGCCUUCCACUGUGCUAAAUAUAAGGAGAAUUUACUAGGUUUACAUAAAUGUUGCUGUUUGCUAGAUUUGUUUAUAGUUUUGCAUGUUACAUAAGCCUCUCUCUCUCUCUCUCUCUCUCUCUCUCUCUCUCUUUCUCUCUCUCUCUCACACUGUGUUCAGAUAUUUUGAAGGCCAAGGGUAUGUGUGUUUUCAGGUGUUCUCAGGAAAGUUCAGCUGCAAGAGUUGAGCUUUACCGACACCAACCUGGCCUUGAGACCCAAAAGACUUAUAAUCAAGAUCAUCGGAUGUAAGUUGUAACUAUUCUAAAGUAUAUGCUGUUUGAGAUAAAGAGAGAGACACAGGGAGAGAGAGAGACCAUGAGAUGGAAAGAGCAUGCAAGUGAAAGCAAAGAACAUGAGGAAGACAACGAGGUGUUUGGGUUUGGUAGUAAAAUCCUGCAGAUAAUGGAAGGCAACCUCACAAGAAAAGUCCUACUUUUGAGAUAAAGAGGGGCAUGUGAUUCACUGUCCAUCUCCCAUUCUGCAAACUUUUGUGAUGAUGGUGCAACUGCAAAGUCUUGUUCAGAACUUUGCAAGCUUAUUCUGAGCUCUUCUGUUCUUUUGUGGGAGCUGGAAAUUAUUUUUUACUGUUCAGGAACACCUGAUUGACUGACUGAAGAAAAGAACUCACUGAAUCAGUGGAUAACAACAAUGUCAAGAACCAAUCUUAAGUAUCA